UCAUUGUCACCCUCACCAAAUUAGGGUUUUCUGGUUCUUCUUCCCAGUGAAUACGACGACGAACAUUGAAGCUGCCUUCAAAUUCUCAGCUAUGGCACAUCAUAACGAAGAACAAGAACAUCAUGAACAAUACGGAGUCUUACUAUACUACAAGUACGCCACUAUUCCUGACCUCGACGAGCUCUUUACCUUCUACGACUCCAACUGCAACUCACUCGGCCUUCUUGGCCGCGUCCGCCUCUCCUCUCAUGGCAUCAAUGUCACCGUUGGAGGGAAGUUACCGUCGUUGGAGAAGCACAUUGCUGCGGUCAAAUCGAAGAGUUUAUUCCAAGGUACUGACUUCAAGCUCGCGUCUUGCCAUGAGCCCUCUAAUGAUAAGCUGGCCCAAGAAUGUGGAUUUAAUUCUCUCUCAAUCCGCAUCGUCAAGGAGUUGGUUACUUUAUGUUCUCGUCCACUGUUGAAGUCACCAGAAAUUUCAAGUGCUGGAAGGCAUCUUUCUGCGGAUGAGUUCCAUUCUGUUCUUCAGAAUGCUGGACAACUUCAAGGAAGAGGGAGUCCGAGUUCUGAUACAAGACUUGUUCUAUUGGAUGCAAGGAACUUGUAUGAGACGAGAAUUGGGAAGUUCCACAGUCUAAAUGUGGAGACUUUAAAUCCAGAAAUUCGACAGUAUAGUGAUCUUGCCUCAUGGAUAGAUAAUAACUCAGAGCAGUUGCGAGGGAAUUGUGUCCUUAUGUAUUGCACAGGAGGAAUUAGGUGUGAGAUGGCAUCAGCCUAUAUUAGGGCAAAAGGUGCUGGUUUUGAGAAUGUGUUUCAGUUAUUUGGUGGAAUCCAGCGUUAUUUGGAACAAUUUCCGGAUGGUGGUUUUUUCAAAGGAAAAAAUUUCGUUUUUGACCAUCGGGUUUCAGUCGGGAGCUCGGAUGCAAUUGUCCUGGGUACUUGCCUUCUCUGUAGCUCCUCGUUUGAUGAUUAUUCUUCACGCAGCCGAUGCACUUAUUGUAGAAUGCUUGUGUUAAUCUGUGAGAUAUGUCAGGUAUGUGUACUGGGAUUCCUUCAUUUAUCUGGUUACCUUAUUAUUUUAAUUCUUCACUUGCAGGCUUGCAGCUAG